AUGUGCAUUUUGAAGGGCAUAUAUCCUCGAGAUCCAAAGCACAAGUCAAAACUGGCCGCCGGAUCGUCUUCACUUAACAAAACUUACUACCACAUGAAGGACAUUAAACAUUUGGUCAACGAUCCUCUUCUUUCUACCCUAAGAAAGUCCAAGAUUUUCCGAAAGAAAAUUCGCCACUUCCAUGCGCGUGGCGAGUGGGAAACGGCCCGCCGCUAUGAACGCCUACACAAGCCCGAUAUCCCGUUUUCAGAUAUUAUAAGGUCAAGAUAUCCUACCUUCAUCGAUGCGCUAAAAGACUUGGACGAUGCUUUGACCCAUGUUGCUCUGUUUGCAUCUCUCCCCCAAAAUGCAGUGACAUUCCUUGAUGCAUCGAUUUUGAGAUCUUGCUACAGGCUCCUUGGGGAGUUUAGCCGAUACGUGAUGGAGACACAUUCGCUGAGAAAGGUUUUCAUCUCCAUCAAGGGAACCUAUCUGCAAGCCGAGAUUCAUGGCGAAACCAUCACAUGGGUCGUUCCGCACGCCUUCACACUGGAAAUACCCAGAGAUGUCGACAUUAAAGUAAUGGCGACUUUUCUUGAGCUUUACCAUUCCUUUGUCUCGUUUGUUAACUUCAAGUUAUUAAAAGAAAUUGGCUGGGGAUAUCCCACCACAAUCGCUGACGAGGAUUGUGACUCCAACUCGUCCACUGGAUUUCUGUCAAUCUCAAAUCCCCAUGCAAAGGGAUCGAUCGCGGAGACCAAUUUUCCCGCCAUGUCCCCGAAAUUGUCUGAAGACAUUAUCGAUCAGUUCCACGAGACCGACCAGGUAGAAGAUGGCGAGCAACCCAAAGCCGCAUCAACCAAUGAAGAAUCGAUAGCGACAUCUCUGAUUCACCAAAGUGAAGAGAAAAAAAUUCUGUCCACCUUAUUUUCAAAUUUUGUCUUUUUUCUGUCAAGAGAAGUGCCUUUUGACGUGCUGGUUUUGUGUGUCGCAUCUUUUGGCGGCAGGGUUGGAUGGAAUCAUGGCCCGGGCUCGCCAUUUGCAGAAAACGAUACCAGAAUCACGCACCAUGUCGUUGAUCGCCCCGUGUUGACGAACAUGUUUGGCGGACGUAAAUAUGUCCAGCCGCAGUGGAUCUUUGACUCGAUCAACUCCAAAAAGCUGCUGUCAGAGGAUCUCUAUGGUCCCACCGUGACAAGCCUGCCACCCCAUUUAUCGCCAUUUGCCGACGCCUCUGGCAAUGACGAUGAAAACGAGCAAGAUCAGGAUGCCGUUGCUAGAGCAUAUCGAGAGGCCGAUGAGAGUGACAAGGAGGAAGAUCAGUCUCAUGAAUUGGCGCUUUCGAUGAUGAGCAAGAAAAAGAAAAAGCUUUACGAGGCCAUGCAAAGAGGAAUUCGCAACAAAAAGACCGAAAACGAUCGCCUCUCCGCUCGUCGUCGGCAAAUUGCCGGUGGGAACCCCCCACCAUGUUAA